AUGAUUGUCGAAGUUGAAUUAGGAUUUUUAUUAUCAACAUUAUUUUUUACAAUUAUUUCAAUUAUUUUAUUUUAUUUUUUUAUUAAUAAUAAAAAUAAUUUAAUUGAUCAAUGCCAAGAAGUAACAAAAUUAAAUAAUAAAGAUAAUAAAAUUGUAAAUAAUAAUAAUAAUAAUUAUAAUAAUAAUAAUUUUAAUAAAAUUGAAGAAAUUAAUGAUGAUAAAAAUAAAGAAAUUAUAAAAUUAAUUAAUAAUAGUAAUAAUAAAAAUUUAAAAAUUAAAAUCCAAGAAAUAGAUAGUGGUAAUAAUAAUAAUAAUAAUAAUAAUAAUAAUAAUAAUAAUAAUAAUAAUUUAAAUAAAAAUAGUAAUGAAAUUUUUAGAAAUUUUAAAAUAUUUAGUGGUUCACUUUUAGUUAUUGAUCAAGAUUUAAAUAUUAUAUCAUCAUCCGAGAGUGUUAGAGAUAUUUUCUCAAAUAUUAAUGAUAUUAAUGGUGUGAAUCAACAAGUAAUUGGUAGUUUACAAAAUUAUAGUUUCAUAAAUUUAGUUCAUCAAAAAGAUAAAGAUAGAGUUUCAACAUUUUUAAAAUUAAAAUUUAAAAAUAAUAAUAAUAUUAAACAUCAACAAUUUUCUGAAGAUAUUAUUAAUGAAAAAGAUGAAUUAAAAGAAAUUCAAAUUGAAGAUAAUAAAGAAUUAAUUAUUAUCAAUAAUAAUAAUAAUAAUAAUAAUGAUAAUGUAUUAAAAUUUGGAAAUAAUAAUAGUAAUAAUAGUAGUAUUAUAUUAUUUCAAGGAGUUUAUCAUUUAAAUAAUACAGAUUUAUCAAAACCAUUUAAUUUACAAGUUUCAAUUUUACCAUUUAUUUCUGAAAAUUAUAUUGUAUUAUCAUUAAAAGAUUUAUCACCACCACCAUUAAGAUUACUUUUAAAUAAAACUUCUUCUGCAUUAUCACCAAGAUCAUUAUCAUCAUCUUCAUCUUCAUCACCAUCAUCAUCGAAUAAUAAUGGUAAUACAAACAAUAGUGGAUCAUUAUCACCAAGAUCUUCAAAUUCAAAUGGUAGUGCAGUUUCACCAAGAAAUGUUUCAAGUAAUUCAAUGUCACCAAGAGGUCAAAAUAGUGAUCGUAGUAUUUCAUCACCAAGAGGUUCAUCAUCGUCGUCGUCAUCAUCAUCAAAUGAAUUAGCAAUUUCACCUAGAAAUAGUAAUGGUACAAUUUCAUCACCAAGAACAUCAAAUCUUUCAAUUGAAAGUGUAUUAAAUAAUAAAUCAAUUGAUAUGAUUUCACAUUUAUCACAUGAACUUAGAACACCAAUUCAUUCAGUUAUUGCAUCUAUUCAAUUGUUUAGAUCAACCAUUUUAACAGUUACUCAAAAUGAAUAUUUAUCAAUUAUAGAUACAUCAGCCAAUACAUUAUUGGAAUUGGUAUCCAAUGUAUUAGAUUAUAAAAGAAUUAGAUCAGGAAAGUUAACAUUGAAUAAUGUUGAUUUUAAUCUUUGUCAUGUGAUUGAAGAUGUUUGUGCAAUGGUAAGUCCACAAGCUCAAGCAAAAUCAUUACAAAUCGCCUCAUUUAUCUUUAUUCAUUGUCCAUUGAGUUUCUAUGGUGAUCCAAUUAGAUUAAGACAAGUUUUAUUGAAUUUAAUUGGCAAUGGUUUAAAGUACACUAAUAAAGGUCAAGUUUGUAUCUCUGUUGAGCCUGAACAAGUAAAUGAACAUUGUAUGUAUUUACAUUUCCAAGUUAAAGAUAGUGGUAUCGGUAUAAAGGAGGAGAAUAUGUCAAAAUUAUUCGCUGGCUUCUCUCAAGUUAAUAAUGGUGGUACCACACAAGAGGCAUUGGGAAGUGGUUUGGGUUUGGCAAUAUCCAAGGAUUUAGUAGAGUUAAUGGGUGGUAAAAUUUGGUGUUCUUCAAAUGCCACUCAAAAUAAUGGUGAAGCUGGUUGUACAUUCCAUUUCGUUAUACCAUUGGAAACCAAUCCAAAACAAUUACCAUGUCCAAUUCAAAAUUUCAAUGGUUUAUCAGUAUUGGUUGUCGAUAAAAAUCCAUAUAUUCAAACUGUACUUUGUCAAUAUUUAGAGGGUUGGAAUUGUCAAGUCAUUAAAAGUUCCGAUAUAAAAGAGGCAUCAAAUAAAUUAAAAGAUCUAAGAAGAGAACAAAUUGAAGUGGUUAUGAUUGAUAUCGAUAAUAUCGAUUUCCGUGAUUUCAUUCAAUUUAAAGAUGCUUUUAAUCGUUUGGAAUUCGGUAGAAUCGGUUUAAUUACAAUGUCAAGUGAUAGAUCAAUGGUAAAUGAAAUGGGUUUUGGCACUUCAAAAUUAACAAAACCAUUCCGUCAAUCUCAUUUAGUAGCUUGUCUAUUAGCUAGUAUGCCUGAACAUUCUUCAUCAACUACAAAUUGUUUUUCAAAUAUUGUUGGUAUGAAUAGUAAUAUUAAUAAUAAUAAUAAUAUUAAUAAUAAUAGUAAUAAUAAUAACAAUAAUAUGCAAACUCAUAAUAGUAAUAGUGUUUAUGGUAAUGGUAAUUAUGGUAAUUGUACUCCAUUCUCAAAUAACAACAAUAGAAUUCAUAUGAUGAGUUCAGGUGAUAAACCAAGUAUUAAUAAUAGAAGAAUGUCAAUCUCAUUGGGUAAAAUUCCAACUUUUAAUUCUGGUGGUUCAAAUUCACCAAGAAGUAAAAAAUUAUUUGAGGAAGUUUUACAACAACAACAACUUCAACAACAACUUCAACAACAACUUCAACAACAACAACAACUUCAACAACAACAACAACAACAACAACAACAACAACAACAACAACAACAACAAUUACAACAACAACAACAACAAUUAAAUACAAUUGAUGAUGAUUCAAAUAAUUAUUGUAAUACAACAGGUACUAUGGAUAGUAUUGAUGAAAUUAAUAAAAAUAAUUAUAGUGAUAGUGAAAGUGAUGAAUUAAAUGAUGAUCAAGCACCAAUUAUAGCACCAGUUCAACAAUUAUCAUUUGGUCGUGUUACUAGAAGACAUUCUAUUGAUAUUAUUAUGUUUGAAAAUUCUAGAGAAUUAUCAGAAUUAAGAAAUCUUGAAGAUUCAACUAGAUAUUUGUCACCACGUUCAAUGAAUAAUAAUAAUGGUAAUAAUGAUAAUGGUAUCAAUGGUGGUAGUGGAAACUCAUUAUUUGGAUCAUCAAUUAAAGAAGAGAUUGGUGGUACUUCUGAUACAAGUUCAUUAGCACAAUCACCAAAUUCAUUAUCACCAAGAGCCCCAACAAAGAUUAUGAUAUUAGAUGAUAAUCCAGUUAGCUUAAAAUUAAUGCAACGUAUCUUGGAAAGUCGUGGAUUCGAAUGUUAUCCAUUCGAUUGCUCAGAGAAAGCCGUUGCUCAAUUGGAUCAAGUUAAUCCUGCCAUCAUUUUCAUGGAUUGUGAAAUGCCAAAAAUGAAUGGUUUCGAAUGUACUCAAUUAAUAAGAAAGAGGGAACAAGAAUCACUUUGUCUAUUAAAAGAUCGUAAGAUUAUUAUUGCUUUGACUGCUCAUAUUAAUCCUGAAAUUCAAGUUAAAUGUUUCGAUGCUGGUAUGAAUGAUUUCAUCUCAAAACCAUUCAAACCACAAUGCUUAGAAUUAAUCCUUAGAAAAUGGGAAGAUUGUAUAAGUAAUAAUCAAUUAAAUUAUAACAAUAGUUUAAUUAAUAAUCAAACUACAAUUCAAGAGCAAGUUUAA